AGGUAGUCGUCAAUUCUCACAUGCUCACCAAAUUUUCUGAGAAUUGUUGUCUGAGAAGAAUAAUCCGCUAAAUUUUCUCCGUUUACCCAAUUUGCGGAAUCUCUGAAAAGCUGUUUCAUUACCAAAUUAAACCUCAAGAAAACUUUCAUCGUUUCUUGAUAUAAUCACUCAACUUCUUACCGAUUUUACCAAUUUCUCGAUUGGUUAUUGUUUAUUUGAUACAGAAUAGGCAUUUCGUGAAUUGGAAACAAAAUUAAUCAAGAACGUGAAAACGCGUAAACUUUUUUCUUACGUUUUAUCUCUGCACUCCAAGUGUUUGAUUAAUUGCGUGAGUGAGAGUCAUAAUCGGUGUUUUUGGAUUGAUUGUGUGAAUUAAGAGUCAGAAUCUUAGUCACGACUCCAUAACAAGGUUUUGUAGUUCUGGAGUUACCUCUUUGUUUAACAUAGAUGACGAUCGAAUCGUUUCCAGGGAGUUCAGGGUACAUAGAUGCAGGCGUUGAUAAGAAAAUAACGUAUUUCAGCAACACAUACGUAUUGGGUUUGACUGUAGUUGCUGGAAUUGGUGGUCUUCUUUUCGGCUAUGAUACAGGUGUCAUAUCUGGAGCCCUUUUGUACAUCCGUGAUGAUUUCAAAGCCGUUGAUGAAAGUAGUUUCUUACAGGAGACGAUUGUGAGUAUGGCUUUAGUGGGUGCAAUGAUAGGAGCUGCAGCUGGUGGGUGGAUAAACGAUGCAUAUGGGAGAAAAAGAGCGACUCUUCUUGCUGAUGUGAUUUUUGCUUUCGGAUCCUUGGUUAUGGCGGGUGCUCCGGAUCCAUAUGUGCUUAUAAUGGGUCGGUUAUUGGUGGGGUUGGGGGUGGGGGUGGCGUCUGUUACUGCACCUAUGUAUAUUGCUGAAGCAGCUCCAUCGGAAAUAAGGGGUGGUCUUGUUAGCACUAAUGUGCUUAUGAUCACUGGUGGACAGUUUCUUUCUUACCUUGUUAAUCUUGCUUUCACAGAGGUUCCUGGGACAUGGAGAUGGAUGCUUGGAGUAGCUGCUGUCCCUGCUAUUGUUCAAUUUUUCUUAAUGUUAUUCUUACCCGAGUCUCCAAGAUGGCUCUACAUGAAGAAGAGCAAAUCCGAGGCCAUUGUUGUCCUUUCAAAAAUAUACGACCCAUAUCGAUUAGAGGAAGAACUCGACCAACUUUCUUCUGCUUUAGAGGAAGAAAACCAACGGAAAAACGCUGUUAGUUACAUGGAUGUUUUUAGAAUCAAGGAAAUCAGACUCGCGUUCUUCACCGGAGCUGGACUUCAGGCGUUCCAACAGUUCACCGGAAUCAACACAGUCAUGUACUACAGUCCAACCAUAGUUCAAAUGGCGGGUUUCAGUUCAAACCAAUUAGCCCUUCUUUUAUCACUAGUGGUGGCGCUAAUGAAUGCCGCUGGAACAGUCGUCGGAAUCAACCUCAUCGACCAUUUCGGUCGCCGGAAGUUAGCCUUAAGCAGUUUAUCCGGCGUAUUUUUCUCUUUAAUUCUCCUCUCGGUUGCGUUUUUCCUUGAAUCGUCUGGUUUUGCGAAUGUGGGAUGGAUUGCGGUUCUAGGGUUAGCACUUUACAUCGCGUUUUUUGCUCCGGGUAUGGGCCCGGUUCCAUGGACUGUAAACUCUGAAAUAUAUCCGGAAGCGUAUAGGGGAAUUUGUGGAGGAAUGUCGGCGACUGUGAACUGGAUAUCGAAUUUGAUAGUGGCUCAGAGCUUUCUCUCGGUGGCUGAUGCUGUCGGGACCGGGUGGACUUUCAUGAUUCUCGCCGGGAUUUCUGUGGCGGCGUUUGGUUUUGUUGUGGCUUUUGUGCCGGAGACCAAAGGGUUGACUUUUGAUGAGGUGGAGAAGAUAUGGAAGGAGAGAGCGUGGGGGAAUGGGAAUGGGAAUGGGUCGGAAUCGGAAUCGCUUUUGGAAACAGGGGAGGAAUCGUGAAAUGUGGUGGCACCCAGACUCUUGAGGUUUGCGAGAGUUUUGUGUAGCGGGUUUUUGUGGCUACUACUUGGGUGUUUAGUGAUAGAUUGUACAGUUGUGGUGUAUGAUCGAAUAUAAGAUUAUACGAUGUUUUUUUUUAGUUUAAUGUGAAAUUUCAUAAUAAGAGGUUUGUACAUAUGUUUAUUUUCUGCAAUAAAUUUACGUUAUUCUUCA